AUGUCUGACCGAUCAAUAGCUCCUGUGGGUCCACCUGACCCCUCCCUGCCUCCUGUCGGUUCGAAGAUCGGCUUCAACGAGUCUCCAUCGCUUGAUUCCCAUGAUGUCUCGCCCCCACCUGGCCAAUCGGACGACCACUCCGGCUUGGCCUUCAACAUCCCAGUCCCGGCCCACUUGAAGCCCACAGGCACACCCGGAUCAAAGCUAUUGCACAUCGAACGUAGUCAUGCUAGCUUUGAUUCAAAGUCCAUGUCACUCUACCUCUACGGCACCCCAUACUUGGAGCAACUCAAUAGAAUACUGGCGAUCGUUCAAGAUGAAGAAGCCUUCGAUAAGAAACGCCUCAACUAUCAAGGUCGCGAUGCUCGCUUCAGACAUGCCUUGAGGAAGGAGAAAAGACUCGUUCAGAUCGCUAAGGAGCACAAAUGGAAUGAAGAAGAUAUGUCAAUGGCCGAAAUGUUGAUUGAUAUGCCCGGUCCAUUUAGUCUGCAUAAGAGCAUGUUCCUCAAGACUCUUCAAGAACAAGGUGACGAGGAACAACAAAAAAUGUUCACGCAACCCGCCCUCAACUAUCAAAUCAUUGGCUGUUAUGCACAAACCGAGUUGGGACAUGGCUCUAAUGUCCAAGGGCUUGAAACUACGGCUACCUACGACAAGUCUACUCAAGAGUUCAUAAUACAUUCCCCAUCCUUGACCGCUUCGAAAUGGUGGAUUGGUGGUCUUGGUCGCGCUGCUGACCACGCAGUGGUUAUGGCGCAGCUAUACAGCAAUGGCAAAAAAUAUGGACCUCAUCCCUUUGUCGUACCAAUCCGUGACAUGCAGACUCGCGAGCCUUUACCUGGCCGAGUCAUUGGUGAUGUAGGGCCUAAGCUAGGGUACCAAACUACCGAUAAUGGUAUGAUGCUAUUUGAUCAAGUCAGAAUUCCUCACAACCAUUUGCUCGCCCGCUUUUCUCGGGUCGAUCCGCAUAGCGGUCAAUACAUCAAACCUGAUAAUGCCAAGUUGGCUUAUGGCACGAUGACGUAUAUUCGAGCGGGACUUGUCCGACAAGCUAGAAUGGUAUUGGCUCGUUCAGCUAUAGUAGCUAUUCGAUAUUGCGCCAUUAGAAGGCAGUUUGCCGAUAAGGAUGCGCCAGUGUUGGAUGGUAAAAAGCCAGCUGAAAAUCCAGUGCUUGACUAUCAGAUGGUACAAUAUCGCAUUUUUCCAAUCUUGGCACAAGCUUUCGCUUGUCAUUACACAGGACUUGAAAUGUUUCGAUUAUACAAUGAGAGUCAGAAAAACAUGAGUGAAGGAGAUUUCUCUUUACUGGCCGAUGUUCACGCCUCUUCAUCCGGACUUAAGUCCCUUUGCACCAUCAUGGCCGCACAAGCAAUAGAAGAGUGUCGUCGAGCCUGUGGGGGUCACGGCUUUUCACAAGCCUCUGGACUCGGGGCGUUAUAUGCAGACUAUUUACCUCAAGUGACCUGGGAAGGUGACAGUUAUAUGAUCACCCAACAAACGGGUAGAUAUCUCUUCAAGACCAUGCGCACCUUGUUUCAAGAUCGCAAUGCCAAGUUAUCUGCAGAAAACGUCACCGGGGAAUACAUCUUGAGAUACUUGGAAAAUCCUAACGAGAAAUCCAAAGUUGAAUACAGUGGAGAUUUCCAUGACGUUCAAGCAUUUAUCUGGGCGUAUGGGCACCGGGCGGCUUUCAUGGUGGCACAAGCCACUCGAAAGAGAGACAUUGAGCGAAGAACCUGGAACAGCCUGUUGGUAGACAUUUAUCGCUGUUCCGUGGCGCAUUGCCAGUUCUUGAUGGUUAGAAACUUUGCCCGGGUUUUACUUUACGACGAAGCACUCAAGGCCAAACCUGCGCUUCACCAUGUCAUUCAACUUGUUUUUGAGCUCUAUGCUUGUUACACGAUGGAUGUCGAAGCAAGCGAGUUCCUAGCCUCCGGCUACAUCUCCCCCAAGCAGCACGUCUUAUUGAGGAACCGAGUCUAUUCCUUGUUGGCUCAAAUCAGACCAGAAGCGGUCGCCCUAUGCGAUAGUUUCGCGGUCCCCGAUUACCUGCUAAACUCCGAGUUGGGCAGAUCAGACGGAAACGUUUACCAAAAAUUGGUCGAUUUCGCAUCGAAGGAACCGCUCAAUGGUGUCAAAUUUAACGUCAAUCCUUGGGAUAACGAACUCGCUAUCGGCGAACCCUCUUUACCAAAAUUGUGA